AUGCAGUCGAGCUGCAGCGACUCGAUGGGCAGCAGCUGCUGCUUCACGCCUCUUUCCUCAGGAGCUGAAUGCCUAGAAGCCUCCGCAGCAGCAAAUAUGCUGCUGCUGCAGCAACCUACUUCUGCCUCCCAUAGACAGAAGGAGCUCCAAGUGCACAUACUUCAGGAACGCCUGCAGCAGCAGCAACAGCAACAGCAGCAACAGGAGGAGCAGCAACAGCAACAGCAGACAAAACAACCACGUAAUGUGAGGAGCAAGCCCAAAUUUAUGGCAGCAGCAGCUGCUGCUGCAUUAGCCCUGCGUUCCUUUCCAAGACGCCCGCCACCAUGCAGCGCUCAGACGACGCAACAGCACCAGCAGCACAACCAGCAGCAACAGCAGCAGCGCUGCCAGGAGCUGCGGUUGCGCGAGGGGGGGACAGAGUUCACAGCUGAAGAGGCACCGAAACGAGCGAGAGAGCAGCAGCAGCAGGAACAGCAGCUACAGCAGCUGGAGCAGCAGCAAGGUGGCGCAGUUCCUGUGCGAAGGAAAGCAUUUGAGACCACAUGGACGCGGCUCCUGGGCAAGUGGGGAGAGCGACCUGGGGUUACUCCAGCUGCUACUACUAGUACUGCUACUACUACUACUACUACUGCUACUACGACUAUGACUACCACUACUGCUGCUGCUGUUGCUGCUACUGCUACUGCUACUGAUACUGCUACUGCUGCUUCUCUUCCCGUUGCCGCUGCUGACGGUGGUGCUGUCCGCGUAAUGUCCAGCCGUACAAAUGAAUAUGUAGGCACGGGCGACGCCUCAGGCAACUCCAUGUGCAAUACUGAGACUGUGAUUUCUUAUGGCGGGUGCUCAUCUUCGACGUUCGCACAGCAGCAGCAGCAGCACGAGCAGCAACAGCAGCACGAGCAGCCGCAGCAGCACGAGCAGCCGCAGCAGCAAGAGAAGCCGCAGCACGAGAAGCAGCAGCAGCACAAGCAACGGCAGAUGCAGCAGGAACAACAAGAGCGACACGAUAUGGCGCUCUCCCUUGACCAGCAGUGCAACCUUUACAGCAUUGAAUCCUUCUUAUCUGUUGUAUCUCCAGAAGACGUGCCAACACAGGAGCUGCAGCCACAGCAGCACCAGCUGGUGCUGCAGUUCUCUCGCUCUUGCAGCAGCGGCAGCGAGGCAGAAGCCCUCGCGACAGCUGGGGAGUCAGCUGGAGAUAACCAGGUAGUGAGAGACUCUGCAGCGGCACCAGCAAAAGAUAGGGAGGCGGCUGUCGUAUGUUGCCUGAAGCAGCAGCAGCAACAACUGUCUGAAGGCCACUCUAUUACUUGGGGAGCAAUUACAGUCGAAGGCAGCAGCAGCACAAGAGAUCGCAGCAGCUGCAGUAGCAGCAGCAGCAGCACAAGCCGGCUAGCACCAACGAACCUAUUUGAAUCUACUUUAAGAGCUGAAGAGUCAGGCGACGAAGAUUGUGGCGCAGGGGAGAGCCUGCAAUCUCCACCUGCUGCAGCUGCCGCGUGCACACCUGAGGCAGCAGCAACGGCUGCAGCUGCAGCAGCGGAAUCAACAUCUGCAGCAGCUGCAGCAGAAACGGCAGCAGAAGAAGAGGCAACGGCAGAGGAAGCAGCAGCACCAGAAGCGGUAGCAGCAGCAGCAACAACAAUAGACAUGAGCCAUUCGUUGCUUGCGAGGUCGCCACCAGGACCCGCAGGAGCUCCCACAACGAGGAGUCCAGUACACAAGAACGCACGCGUUGUCGAUUGGCUGAUAGCGCUACAGCAGGAGCAGCGAAGGGAGCUACAGCAGCCGCAGCACACAUAUCAGGGAAGUUUGAUGCACCCGACAGCAAGGUACGGUGGCAGCGAUUCGACGGCAUCGAGUACAGCAGAAGCACCACCACCACCACCACCAGCUGGAACAGCAGCAGCACUGACUGCAGCAACAGCACCAAAUGCAGCGGUAGCGCCAGCUGCAACAACAGUAUUGGCAGGUAGCCGAGUUGUCAAGAAGGUGCUGCCGCAUCACCUGCGCAUUACGCGGCAGCUGUCGCUUGCUGCUGCACGCUCGUUGUAUCCUAGGGAACUGCUCGCAGCAGCAGGAACAGCACGAUCUCAGGAGUCAGCAGAUCUUCAACACACUGCAUCAGCACGAAGCAACGCAGCAGCAGCUUUACAGUCCCUGUCUUUGACCCGACCCUUGCGCGUAGAAACAGGAGAGCCGAGGGGCCAUGGACGUGUAUCUCCCGCAGGGGAUGCGUCUAUCGGGAGCGCAUACUAUGUCCGCUCCCCAGUAGUAGAGGCAGUUGAUGCGGAGCAGCAGCAGCUAAAGGAGGAGCAGCAGGGAAUGCCGCGUAAGCCGGUGAAUCGACCAGCCUAUCCUCCCCUCAAGGACACUAGAGGCGUGCGGGGGUCAUCUGGGCGAUCGGCCUCUGCACGGGGCCCAAGAACAGCAGCAACAAGAACUGUAACGGGAUAUCUAGGGGCAACGUCACAGCAAUACGCAGCAGCAAAAGAUGCAGCGGAAGGUGUCACCAAGGGGUCGCCUCCUCUGUCAUCCGCUGCAGUGUUGCAGCAAUUUUCUUUUCAACUGACACCGUGGGAACGCAGCGAAGUCCUCGAAUACCCGACUGUUUGGUACUGGGGAUCUUUAAGGGAGAGGCCAGCAGGCACUGAGCGCGCAGCGAUGUACGGGGGCCCAUUUACACCUGCUGCUGCUUCUGCUGCUGCUGCUGGAGGUCGGGGUCUGGCGACGGCCAUGUGCGGUUCGCCCAGUCGUGUGAACGACCCAGCAGCAUCUAAGGCUGAUUUGGGUGGAGGAUGGGAAAACGCUGCGUUUGGAGGUCUGGGUUGUAACAAUAGCAGCAGGAGCAGCAUGAUGAGUAAGAGCAACCGGCAGCUUAUAAACAGGACGAGCAACAGCGCAUGCAGCUAUUUCUGCGACGAGCAAGGGGAUUAUGUGGUCUCUGUAAAUGAUCACAUUUGCUAUCGUUUCCAGCUACUGCAGCCACUUGGAACGGGCUCCUUUGGCCGCGUAUUCCGAGCGUUCGACCACAAAACUGGCGAGGAAGUGGCUUUGAAAAUCUUGAAAAACAAAAGCAACUUUCAUGCCCAGGGGCGAGAAGAAGUUAACGUGCUGCAGCACCUGUCUACUCUGGACAGGGCUGGGAAGGCCCAUAUCGUGCGGCUGCGGGAAAGCCACAUGUUUCGUGGGCACUUAGUCCUUACCUUUGAGCUGCUCAGCCACAAUCUGUAUUCUUUUCUGAAGGCCAACAAGUUCCGGGGGUUUGCGCCACUGGCCGUGCGCAGCCUGGCAAUACAGCUGCUGCAGGCGCUGCGGUUGUUGAAGAAGGCGCAAGUCGUUCACUGCGAUUUAAAACCCGAGAACAUCGCCUUGGUGACGGGCCGCAAGAGCACCGUAAAGUUGAUUGACUUCGGCAGCAGCUGCAGGGAAGGCCGCCAGCAGCACAACGCGUACAUACAGUCGAGAUAUUACAGGGCCCCCGAGAUUUUGCUUGGCCUCCCCUAUGGGCCUCCCAUUGACAUGUGGUCUUUGGGCUGUGUCCUGGCGGAGCUGCAUACAGGCACGCCGUUGUUUCCUGGGGUGGACGAGGAGGAUCAGCUGCAAACAAUUGCGUCGUUGCUGGGCCUCCCUCCCACGGACUUGAUCUUGCGCUCUCCAAGGUCUCCAGUCUUCUUCGAACGGAACGCACAAGGGGGCUUUUCCUUUCUGAAUUCUCGCUGCUGCAAACGGAUCUCUGAGACGCCCAGCUCCUGCGGGUCGCCGUGCUGCGCAACUCUUGAAGAUGCAGUCGAGCCUGCAGAAAGCACCUUUGUAGACUUCCUUAAAGGAUGUCUGCGGUGGGACGCCGACGACCGCAUGACGCCUCGGGAGGCUCUCCAGCAUCCGUGGCUCAGAGAAUUUCGCACGCCACGAGAGCGCCGGCAACAGUAG